AUGGAUCGGAUCCCUACAGUGGAGGCCUUAGCCAGAAGGGGUAUGGUAGUGGCGGAUUCCGAGUGUUGUUUCUGUAAUUCAGGGCCGGACUCGGUUUCUCAUUUGUUCUCGUCGUGCCCGUUUGCGUUAAGUUUAUGGGAGAAAAUUAGCCUUUGGUGUCGGGUGUUGAAUUUUUUUGUGCUCUCGUUUAGAGAUUUGGUCGAAAUUCAGAACAAUGGGUCGAGAAAGGAGUCCGAGAGAAAGGCGGUGCAAGGGGUUAUCUAUACGGCGUGUUGGUUAUUGUGGAAGGCCAGGAAUAAUCUUCGGUUUAAUGGCAAGAGAAGCAGUGUGGAAGAGAUUUUUAGCGAUGUCAGGAAGUUUUCUUGUUUGUAUUGGCCAGCCCAGUUUUCGGGUUCGUGUGUUUCUAAUAAAGUUCUCGUUAAAAAAAAGGGUACCACUAACAAUGCUACAACAUAG